AUGAAUCUUUCAUUAGCAGACAAACGUAUAGAACAUAUUAUUCAUUUAACGAAUAGUAUAUUUCCAUUAAUUAUUUUACCAUUAGCAACAAUUGGUAAUAUACUUUGUUUUCUUGUUUUUUGUCGACCAAAAUUUCAAAAACGUUUAACACGUACAUCAUCAAUAUUUUUACGUUUAUUAUGUAUAAAUGAUUCAAUUUUAUUAUAUUUAUUUAUAAUUGAUGUUCUAUUAAGAAUUUAUAUGAAACCAUCCAUACGUAUUUAUUCAACACCGAUAGCAUGUCGUUUAUAUAAAUUUAUACGUUAUUCAUUUUUGGAUAUGUCAGCAUAUAUACAAUUAGGUUUAACAACUGAUCGUUUUAUAUGUUGUGUACAUCAUAGAUAUUAUUCACAUUGGCGUAAAAAAUAUUAUAUAUAUUAUUUAUUAAUACUUGCAUUUCUUUCGGUUAUAUUAAAAAAUUCAUCAUUUUUAUCUUCAUUAUAUGGAUAUUCAGUGAUCAGUAAAAAUCGUACUGUAACAAAAUGUUCUGUUCAAAUUCGAGCAAAACAUUUUACACUAUAUAUGGCUUAUGGACAAUCAUUGAUUGAUGUUGUUUUUAUAACAUGUAUACCAUUUUUUCUAAUCGUUUAUUUUAAUUCAAAAAUUUUAAGAGAAGUAUUACAUAUACGAACACGAUGUUGGAGUACAAUAACAAGAUUUAUAUGUUUAACACCAGUACAAAAUAAGGAAUCAAAUCGAACUACAACCGGUAUUUUAACAUUUACUGGUGCUAAACGUCGUCGUCUUCAUUUAACAUUUGCACUUGGUUGUAUAUCAUUUGUAUUUGUACUCAGUACAGCACCUUAUAAAAUAUUUAAAGUUAUUGAAAGACAUGAUAAAGUUAUGCGUGAUCGUCAUAAAUAUGGCUCAUCAAAAUUAGUGAAUUUACAAUUAGCGGAAGUUAUUAUUGACUGUCUUGAAUAUUUAUCUUGUUCAACACCUUUUUUUGUAUGUCUCACUACGUCAAGUAUGUUUAGAGAAGAAUUAAAACGAAUGUUUAAUAAAAGACAUGUAUAA